AUGGCGCUCUCUUCCGUCGCGUCGCGUCUGUCGACUCGGGCGCUACGAAGCGUGCGCGCCGUUGCAGCUGCCCGCUCGCUCUCCUCUGGAUCUCCGUUUGAUCCUCAGGUUCCGCACUACGACGUCGUGGUGGUUGGCGGGGGUAUCGUCGGCUCAGCUCUAGCAUGCCAGCUCAAGACCCAUCCCGUGUUCAAAGACAAGCACGUGGCUGUGAUUGAGACAACUGCACCGUCGGACGAGCACGAGGAGCCUGAUGCCCGUGUGUUCACCAUCACGCCAGCCAGUAAACGGUUACUGGAGACCACCGGGGCGUGGGACUUGAUCCCUCCUGGACAAUGCGCUGCGUUCAAGGACAUGCAGGUCUGGGAUGCUAUGGGGGACGGGUUCAUCCGCUUUGAAGCCAAGAAGGUCGAUCGACACGAUCUGGGACAUGUACUGGAGCACCGGGUGCUCGUGCAAGCGCUGCACGAGCGGAUGAAGCAGCUCACAGCUGCUUCCGAUCACGGUCACGUGCCGCUGAAACUCUACUGUCCAGCCAAGGUCAAGCACUUUCAGCGUCCGACAGUCGUGUCGGGUAUUUCCGACAUUGGACUUGAAGAUGGACACCGCAUGAAGGCGGAUCUCGUGGUUGCAGCAGAUGGCGGGAACUCGAUCAUCCGCACGCUCUCAGCACUUGGAACUUGGGGCUGGGACUAUGACCAGCAAGCUGUCGUAGCUACGGUCAAGACGGACAGUGUCAAUGAGACCGCCUGGCAGCGCUUUUAUCCUACGGGUCCUGUAGCUCUACUGCCCAUGCGUGAUGGGUACUCGUCCGUGGUGUGGUCGUGCUCGGCUGACAUGGCCAAAGAACUCACGGCACUCACUCCAGACGAUUUUGUCGCGCGUCUGAACGAUGCGUUCUCGGCUCCGUCAACGACCCAUGCACCACCUGAGUUCCCUGGCAUUCCAGUGCUGUCGGACUUGGUCAAGGGGGUACACCACGCUGCUAGCACGAUCUUGUCGGCAGUAGCUCUGGUGGAGCCGUUUGUUGCCCCACCGAAAGCUGUAGCAACGGUAGGCAACCGGUACUCGUUCCCGCUGAAGUUGAAGCACGCGACCAAGUACAUUAAGCCUGGUCUUGCUCUUGUUGGUGACUCUGCGCACACGAUCCACCCGCUUGCUGGUCAAGGUCUGAAUCUUGGCCUGGGUGACGUGCAGGCUCUGAGCAAUCUUCUUGUGGAGGGUGUCAAGUGCGGUGAAAACCUCUCGAGCCCGUACUUCUUGCAGCAGUACGAGGACGAGCGAAUGAAGACGAAUGUCACCAUGCAGCUGGCCUUAGACGGCUUCAAGCGGAUGUUUGGCCCUACUCCAGACGCCGUGUCUGUCGCACGCAACGUUGGUAUGGGCACGCUGAACGCUGUCGAGCCGCUUAAGAACCAGAUCAUGAAGUACGCCAUGGGGUUGUAG